CUACAUGUUUGUGUAACAUCACGUCGUAAACAAGACAUGUAAUAACAACGUAACUGUUGACUUAACGUGAUUUGUAAUUAUGUUAUCACCGAUACGUACAAGAUAACGGUAGCUCAGUGUCCAAAAGUGUCUUUCAUUUUUAACGUACAUGUUAUUCCGUAUAUGUUAUCACAAUAACGUUAUAAUGGGCGAAAUAAUGGCCGCCUAGAACAAGGAUAGCAUUAUGCGGAGCGACAUCGGUUAAAAAGAGUUCGGUACUGCAUCUUGACAGGUAAACGCGAUUUGACAAACGAUUAUUACGUACGAAAUGGCUAAAAGGUUGAAGAAGACCACGCGGUCUCAAUACGAGGACCUAAUUAAAUUCGUAGAAAGAAACCGAAUUUUAUUAAGGGGCAAGAUGAAGCAAAAUUUCGCUCAUAAAGUGGAUGGACUGUGGCAACAGUUUGCCGCACUGGAAAAUCCUAAGGGAAAUGGCCCGCCGAAGAAUGCCUUCCAAUGGAGAAAGAUUUUUAACGAGUGGAAAGUGAACACGAAGAGGAAAAGUAAAGCGAUUCAGCUAAAGUUGAACGGUUCCGAAUUCUCAUGUAAUAAACAACUGACGGACUUAGAAGAAAAGUUACUGAUUCUGAUUUCUAACUUAGACGCACGCCCCAAUCGCAGUAAGUGCUCGGGAGAUGCUUUAGCGAAUCUUGCGGGAAUUCAGCAGAAAGCGAAUGGAGUUGAAGACAUAGAGCAUAUGGAAGAACUUGCGAUAGACGGAAUUAAAGUCGAAUCUUUGCCCACUGAUGAAGACUAUACUUGUGCUUCCAUUAGCGAUGAUCCUUUUUCUGGCGAGGUCAUCGAGUUGAAGCACGUCGAAGAUGUGCCUAUUGUAGAAACUGCGAGUGAACACAGUCGACUGGAAAUCCCCGCAGAGCCGGAAAUGAUUCCGUUAGAGAUUUUACAGACGGUCCAGACGAUUUGCUCGGAGCCUACCGAUACGAGUCAAAAAACUCACUUGCCGUUUGUCGAAACUAAGGCAACGGCCAUUAGGGACAUGGCAAAUGCAAUAAAAAAAUUGUCGGAUGUGUGCGAACAAGGGUUAGCGCUAAAGCGCGCCAAACUCAAGUUGGAAUACUAUAAGGUGUUUGGGAAGUGUGAGGGAUUUGACGAGUUUUGUAAAUAAUAAAGUUUUUGUUUAAUUUUACAAAGCAUGUAUUGGGACUAACAACGAAACGAGAAGAAAACCACCUUUCUUCACUGAAGUUGGUGACAAAAUAACGUUUUUGUUACAAGACGGUUUGAAGAUCUUUUAGAGACUUUCAAAGAGCUCCCGAUAGUCUUCCACUCUUCUCUC